AGUGAUUUGAAUACGCGAACAAACCCUAAUUUAAGAGUAGGUUGCGAAGAUCUACAAUUUGUUUAGUGCAUUUGUUGGUUUAUAAUAUGAGACAAGGUUAAGUGAACUUUCUUAGGUUUUAUUAGAAACUCAUUUUUUUAUUUAUACAAAAUGCGGAGGUGGUACCUUCCCUUAAUCUUCGGAUAUAUAACAAUAGUUAGUGGAUUAGAAAAAAGAAGUAUAGAUUUAAUAGCAGCUCAUGGCUUGAUAUCGCAAGAAAGGUUACCUCACGACACCUCUCCAUCGGGAUACCACCUAUUCUUACAACCGUUUCCAAAAGAUGGUUAUUUCGAAGGAAGGGUGAAAAUCAAUGUGACUGUCCAACAUAAAACUCACGAAAUUGUGUUGCACGCACAUCCAGAUUUAAUGAUAAUGCACUGCAACAUAACACAGUUGAUACCUUCUGAUGAAGAACUAAAAAGGGCUAAUCUAUCAGAUCCCCUUGAACGAGAAUUUCCUCCAGUGCCAGUGGUUAUAGAAUCAGCAGAAAAGGUUAGAAGCAAGCCAUUGUACAAUAUUGUUUUACAAAGUCCAAUAAACUCUGGGGCAUUGUUGGAAGUAUACCUUCACUUUACUGGAAAAAUUUUCAACGAUUCAUCAGAGGGACUUUUCCGGGGCAACUAUGUUGAUUUGAUGACUAAAGAAACUAAAUGGUUUGUAGCCACUCAUAUGAGACCAAAUAUGGCAAGAAGUGUUUUUCCGUGCUACGAUGAACCAGCAUUUAAAGUCCCAUUUGUAAUUUCGGUGGCCAGACACAAAAAUAUGACGGCUGUAUCCAAUAUGCCCUUGGACUACACAACUCCACAUGAGGCAAUAAAAGACUGGUACUGGGACACUUUCAGAAGGACUCCCGUCAUGGCAACUUUUUCAUUGGGAAUUGUGAUCUCAGAGUUCAGCAAUAUUACAAGUACCAUGUCUCCAGAGAUCAGCAAUAUUACAAGUACCAUGUCUCCAGAGAAAGAUAUUGCAGUUACUGUUUGGGCUAGACCAGAUUUUAUAGACGCUCUGACUAAUGUUUCUCAAAAGGUACUACAGUCCCUGACUGUACUAGAACAAUUUUGGAAGAUUCCCUUUCCAUUGCCAAAGUUAGAUAUAUUCGCUUUGCCGACAUACCAAGCCACCAGACCAGCAGACAGUUGGGGUGUUCUUCUUUUUAAAGAAAGCGAACUGGUUAGCCAUGAUUCCUGUCAUAUAAUCCAUGAGCUGGUGUACCAAUGGUUGGGUGCUUUGGCAACUCCAUUUUGGUGGAGCGAUGCCCAUAUUAACAAUGCGUUAGUAAGAUAUGUCACAGCAUACACUACAUUAAAGAUGCACGAUUGUGAUUCUUAUAAUAAUUGGCCGAUGACAAUUUUGUACUCCAAUUAUUACGAGUUUAGCAAAAGGUAUCCUCAUGGUAAAAGCACCGCCAUCAAGCAAGAUUCAUCUUCAGCCAAAACGGAACUAGUAUUCAGAAUGCUAAACUACACGUUAGGAGAAAGCACAUUUCGACACGGCAUGCAACGAUUUAUGUUAGAUAGGCAAUACAAAACAUUCUUCGGUGACGAUAUCUGGCUCAGUUUAACAGAACAAGCGAGAUUCGACAAAAAGUUGCCGCAGCCUAUAACUAUAAAUGAAAUAGCAGCCUCGUGGAUUACUAAAGAUAGGCUUCCAGUAGUAACAGUCAUAAGGAACUAUGAUGAGAAAACAGCAAAUUUAAGCCAGAGAGUAUACUUAAGAGAACGUCCUCAUGAUGUGCCAGAUCAAGAAAAGUUUUUAUGGUGGAUUCCAGUAGUCCUCGUUAGAGAAGAUCAUUUAAAUUUUGCCAAUUCAACUCCGUUUACUUGGAUGCGCCGAGAGAGGGAUCUUAUUUUGAAUGACAUGCCAAACAAAGAUUCGUUUAUCAUCAUAAAUCCAGAGGAAAUAGGACCUUUCCCAGUAAACUACGAUGUAAAAAACUGGAACAUGUUAGCCCAAUAUCUUUGUUCUGAGAAACGACAAACAAUUCCUGUAUAUACCAGAGCAAAACUUUUACAUGACGCUUGGAAUUUGGCUUAUGCUGGAGAUCUCAGUUUUGGCACUGCAUUAAACAUGACUCUAUUCUUAAAACAUGAAAGGGAAUAUUUGGCUUGGGAUCCUGUUUUUACAUUGAUUGAUCACAUUGGAAGACAUAUCGACAGCUCGUCAGUACAUUCAAAGUUCCAGACUUACGUUCGACUUCUGCUAACACCUCUUUAUGAAGAGUUGGGAAGUGAACCCCAAGAAGGCGAAAGUGAAGGAAGAGCGCAUCUAAGGAGUUCUUCUAAAAUCUUUUUGUGUCAAGCCGGUUAUAAACCACUCAUCGAGGAAGCGCAGGCAGCGUUUAAAAAAUGGAUGGAAACCACGGACCCUGAUGAAGGAAAUCCUGUAGCAAAUCAAUACAUUUGCCCAGUCUUCAAAUGGGGUACAAUGAAGGAAUGGGAAUUUGGUCUUGAUCGAGUCAUUAAAUUCCCACCAACCAGAAUACCAAGCGAACGAACGUAUCUCCUAAAGACUUUGGCUGGGUGUCCAAAUGAUGCACAAAAAAUUGAAAAGCUGUUGACAAUUACAGUGCUAGAACAAAACGGAAACUUUACAGAUAACGACAUUUAUUUAAUAUUUAGUAUGCUGACUGGAGGAGCUAAUGGUUAUACCACUCUGUUUAACUUCUUAAAGAAAAACUGGGACUUAAUUAAAAUAAGAUUCGAAGACAAACCACAACUUUGGAAUAGUCUCAUAACUUCAGCGACCACAGUUUUCAAAACUCAGAAGGGCCUGGACAUGGUCUCAGAACUGUAUAUGGAGAAGCAAAGCGAAUUCGGCACAGCGGACUUUGUCAUAGAAAGAGCGAUAAGAAAUAUUAAAGAAGAGACGAAGUGGAGUAACGAAAACCUACCUGUCAUUGAAGCGUGGUUGGACCAAUACAUCAAAGAUAAUAAAAAUAAUGAUAAACAAAGAGUUUCAUAAUUUUUUUUUAAAGUUUUAUAAAUGUUAUUGCUAAAACGGGUUAUCAUAGAGAUAUAUUUAUAAGAGUAGUUUCAUACUUCUUAUUCGAGUAAGAGAUAGCCGUAUGAAUUCAUCUAAAAAAGAGUUUAUUUACAAUAUGUACAAUAAAGAUUAUAAACAUUAAUACAACAAUACUAAAAUAACUUAAAAAUACAAACCUAAAAAAGAGAAUCAAGAACAUGCUAUUUCUUACUCUGUUUUUGACAACUAUCAAAUAAUUAUUUACAAAUGUCAUUCAAACUAAAAUUACACAGUCAUGCCACCUAAAACUAUAAAUAACUUAAAAUAACUAAAUGUGGUUGUAUUGAAAAUAAACAUAGUUUUAUUUUUACAUCCCCCCACCAACAGGUAUGACAAACCAUGAAAGUCUAUGGUUGGUCACUAGGCAACAAUUUUGAGAUGUGAAAAUAGUUCAUAUCGUUCCUUUUGUAUCCGAUAUGUAUUUUAUAUAAAGUAUUUGAAAUUUGUUUUUUUAUUUGAAAUGGGCCUAGUCUUACUUCAUCAAGUUUUUUUCUAUUUAGUUUGGAUUUAUUUUCUACAUAUGCCCAAUCUCCUUCUUUAAAUUCAUGGAAUUUUCUAUUUUUGUCAUACAGCUUUUUAUUAUAUUCAUGAUGUCGUACUGAAUUUUUAUAAGCUAUUUGCUUAUCUUUUGAUACAUUUCUUGUUUCACAAAGUUCCUCGGGAACAAUCGGAUCCGCUUUUCCAAAAAGCAAAUAUUCUGGGCUGUAUCCGGUUACGGAAUGAUCUGUUCUAUUAUAUUCAUCUAUACAUUCUUCAGCUAUUUUUGUCCAUGCUCUACUUCUAGUUUCAUUUAGUUUACAUCUUAUCCUAUUAACUAAUGUUUGAUUAAGUCUUUCAUUUAAACCAUUCGAAAAUGGGCAGUCCACUGCUGUAAAAACCAGUUGAAUAUUUAACUGUUUCAUAUUAUUUCUAAAUAUUUUGGAAUUAAUUCCCGGAUACUGAUCUGUUAAUAAUGUUUUUAUGGGGUGUUUAUCUUGAAUUUUAGAGAUUAGUUUAAUAAAAUCACCUGUCAUCUGAUUUUUGGAAGUAACUGCAAAUGCAUAUCUGGUAAAAUGAUCUACAAGUAAGUGGAGGUAUUUUUUUGUUGAACGAUUGCCAGCAAAUCCUCCUAUUGUAUCUAGGGACAUUAUCUCGAAGGGUUCUUUUGCCGGACCUAAUUGUGACAAGAGACCAUAUUUUGGACCUACUCUUGUUUUAUUUUUACAGCAGAUCUCGCAUUUCUGGCAGAUAUCUUUUGCCAGUAAAUCCAAAUUAUUAAUGUAGUAAAAAUUCCUAAUUUUGUUAAUUAAUUUACCAGCACAAAUAUGACCAUAAAAUUUGUGAAUUUUUGUUAUUAACUUCACUCCAAAAUCUUUGGAUAAAAUUAUUUUUUUCUGGUUCUUCCUUAAUUUAUAGAAUACAUCUUGGUUAAAAAUUGUUCCUAUCAUUUUAUCUAUAGCUUGUCGAUUAUUAUUCUGGUCUUGUUUUAUCUCAGUUAAUGUCACUAGGUUCACUGUUUUUAUAAAUGUUUCUGCAUUUUCUAUAUUUUCCAAAACUGGGUUUCUAGAAAGGCAGUCUGCUUCUACAUUUUCCUUUCCAGGUUCAUAUUUAAUGUCGAAAUCAAAUUGUGAAAGAAAAUGAGUCAUAUCUCCUAAUUCUUCAUCUGGUUUUGUACGAAGUUCUCUUCCCUCAAGGGGCUUAUGAUCCGUAAUAACGACAAAUUUUCUUCCCAUUAGCCAGUAUUGCCAAAAUUUUAAUGCUUCUUUAAUUGCCAGGCAUUCUAAAAAAAUUGCUUUUUUGUUUUUCUGAUAUUUGUUCAAUUUUUUUGAAAAGUAAGCCACAGGUUUCAUUUCUCCAUCUUCUUGUUUUUGUUUGAGAACUGCACCAACUCCUAAAAUACUAGCAUCGGUAUAUAUAAUUGUAGGAGCAUUUGGGUCAAAAAUAGCUAGAAUAGGUUCAGAGCAGAGGAUACUCUUUACCAUGUCAAAGGCUGUUUGGCAGCUUAAAGACCAGUGAAAUUUAAUAUCUUUUCUAAGUAAAUUAUGUAAUGGCUCUAAUAACCUAGCUGAGUUUUUUACAUAUUUGUGGUAAAAAUUUACUUUUCCCAAAAACUGUCGUAUUUUUUUUCUGGUAUCUGGUGCUGGAAAAUUUCUGAUCGAUAUUAAAUUAUCAUGUAAAGGACGAACUGAAUUGUUUCCCACAAUGUGCCCCAAAUAUUUUACCUCUUCUCUUGCAAAAUUACAUUUUAGAAGUUUGAGCCUAAAUCCCUCUUCAAGAAUGGCUUCCAUGAGUCUUGCAAUGUGCUCUAAGUGUUCUUCAAAUGAUACUGAAAAUAUUAAAAUAUCAUCUAUGUAAUUUAUACAAAAUGGAUUUAAAUUAUGUUUUCUGAUAAUAUUACUUAAAAUCCUUUGAAAUAUUGCUGGAGAUGUUUUAAGCCCAAAAGGUAAGCAUUUCCAUUACCAAUGAUCAUCUUGUGUAACAAAAGCUGUCUUAUAUUUAUCUUUAUUCCGAACUGGAAUACACCAAAAAGCAGAAUUUAUAUCUAAAGUAGUAAAGAAUUUAGCAUUCCUUGUUUUGGUCAAAAUCUCGUCAAUUAAUGGAAAAGGUUGUGGUUCGGGAACAAUUAAUUUGUUUAAUUCACGAAAAUCAAUGCAUAAUCUUGUUUUAGACCCUUCAUCUUUUUUAAGAGCCAAUGUAACAGGUGCUGCAAAAGGCGAAGAUGAUUCUUCUAUUAAAUUUGCUUUUAACAAUUGUCCAAUUUGAAAUUCUAUCUCUUUUUGGUCCUCUAUUGAGCAUCUAUAGGGCUUCUUUGCGACAAAUUUAUGUUCUAAAAGUUUAAUUUGAGCUUCAUAAUUUUGAACUUGCCCAAUAUCAAAUUUAUGUUUUGCAAAAAUAUUGUCAUAUUUAUUUAGUAAUAUUUCUAUUUUACUUUUCUGCUCUGGCUGUAAAUGUUCUAAUUUUGCUUCAAAAAGCUCUGUGGGAAUUCCUUCAUUAAAGUUUAUUGAAUAUUCUGUCAAAUUAACAUUGUGAUUAAAAUUUUCAAUCUUCUCUUCAAUAUCUAGAUCUAAUCUUUGAUAAAUUUCUAAAUCAAAAUCUUGUUUCAUUUGAAAACUCAAAAUAGAAUCCAAUCCAAGUAGAAUAUCAUACUCGAAAUAUUCAUCAUUAAUUACAAAAAGAUUAACAUUUUUCUCAAUUUUAUUAAUUUUCAUUUUUGCAAUUAGUUUUCCUGUAAAAUUUGUUCUGCCAUUUAUCGUUUUAAACAUAUUCCUAUCUUCAUGAAUAACUAAUCCCAACUUACCUGCUACCUUCGAAUUCAGAAGAGUAACAUUCGAAACUGGGUCAUAGAUUCCACAUAAUUCUCUAUUAUUUAGGAAUACUUUUAAUUUGAUCAAUGGCAGCAAAUUCAGUUUUUUUGGUCGGUUACCGUUUCAUUUAAUGUCUCCUGUAUAGCAAUAUUAUUAACAUAUUGAAUAUCAUUUGAUUUGUUUUCUUGUAUUGUCCUUCUAUCGCAAUACAAAUUUUCAUUGAUGUAAUAUUCAUCCUUAAUUUGUACAAAUAACGGUUUGAAAAUCUAUUUUUAUCACUAUUUUGGCUUGGUCAGCUUAAGUUCUUGAUUUAUAAGAGUAGUUUCAUACUUCUUAUUCGAGUAAGAGAUAGCCGUAUGAAUUCAUCUAAAAAAGAGUUUAUUUACAAUAUGUACAAUAAAGAUUAUAAACAUUAAUACAACAAUACUAAAAUAACUUAAAAAUACAAACCCAAAAAAGAGAAUCAAGAACAUGCUAUUUCUUACUCUGAGUUUUUGACAACUAUCAAAUAAUUAUUUACAAAUGUCAUUCAAACUAAAAUUACACAGUCAUGCCACCUAAAACUAUAAAUAACUUAAAAUAACUAAAUGUGGUUGUAUUGAAAAUAAACAUAGUUUUAUUUUUACAUAUUUACUAUGAACAUAAGAAAAUCAGGAUGUAUCAUUAGUGUUAAACUUCUGGAUUAAGAUAGGUAGGUAGGUAAUAUCAACAUUCUAGGCUGAAGAAUAAAAGAUUUCUAUUUUAACCUUAUAAUAUGUUGUUUUUUCUUACUGUGGUUUACCGGGUUUGACUCCGCGUUGAAUAGUUUUGGUUUUUAGAAAAACCAUUAUUUUAACGUUUCGGCAAAAUCACACUUGCCAUUGUCGUCAGGUAGUUCUGCUUCUCGCUGCUGCUUGAAGUAAACUGUUUACUAAACAAAAAUGUAAAUUAUUUUUCGAAGAGAGAUUGAAAAAUAAAAGAAUAUCAAUAACAGUUGAUCAUAUUUUAAUUGAGAAGAAUGAAGAAAUCUGCUUAACAAAGGUGACACUAUAUAGAGGAUCCGAUAUGGACAGAUAAAUUACUUAUUUUGGCAUCAUAACCCUCGAUGGGUCUUUGCCUGUCUGGUUAUGUCCUUCCAUUCAGAUCUCUCUUGUGCCCUUCUUCUUCAUUGCCUUAUAUUUAUGGUUUUCAGGUCGUCUUUCACGUCAACCAUCUCGUUCUGAGCCGUCCUUUUUUUCUCCUUCCAUUUUAAUAUUUGGACAUAUUUAAGGAAUGUAGAAUGCAUGUGGCGAACAUGAAGAGAUGUACCUAAUUAAAAAAUAUUUCCAGCGCCAAUGACAACACAAAGGAAAAAAGAAUGGUUUAAUGAAGAAUGUGAAAAAGUAUUAAUGGAAAUGCGGGCCAGGCUACGAUUAAAAAUAAUAACGGAAAGCACAAUAAAAGCGCACAGAAAUUACAUCGAGCAAAGAAAUGAAUGAAAACUGGUACCUACAUUAUAAAGAGAAGAACAGAAGUAUGAUUAUGAGAACUGAGAAAAUUAGAACGCUGAAGGCAGACAUUUGAUGAGCAGUUUAGAGUUUUCUUUAUUUUUCUGUUAAUAUUGGUGAUAUACCUAAUGUAUCUACCUUUUUCUUUCCGUGCAUUCUCUAUUACAACUUCAAUCUUGCUGCAAUUAUUUUGUUAAGCUUCCUUCUUUUUCUUAAUUAUUUUUAUCUUGGCCCUUGCUUGCUUUGUUUGCAUCCAUAUUCUUUAUAUACUUCAGGUACCUACCUUUUAUCUUCCAUUUUAGGAUAUGAGAUCUUUUAUAUAUCCGGUGCCAAAUAAAAAUAUUAACUUUCAAAAGUAUAUGAGUAAUAAUAUACAUUUAUAAUAUUAUAUUAUAUACUAUCAAAAAAAUCAAAUAAACUAGUUAAAUAUUUUUCUAUGGAUAAUCCUGAUUCCAAUUUUUUUAUUAAGGAUUUAAUGAAUUUAAUAAUAGUAAUGUAUUUAUUAUUUAGUUUCGUAAAUUGUUUUUAAUAUAGGUAUAGUAAUUUUUUUAUGUUGUAAGUUAUUUUAUGAAUAAACGUUUAAAUCAAA